AUGACGGCCACUGUUUUUUUAGGCGAAGAAUGGCGUUCACAUCCACUGUCCAUGUUUAGUGAUAAGUAUCAUGAGGAACAACCUGAAGAUAAGAAUCUGACUCGGCCUGUUCGAAAAUUCUACAAGAAGCAAAACAAAUUGAUCCGCGAACUGGAGUCAGUCGUCUCGCUACUUGACGCCGACGAUACUGCUCGAGACGAGGCCGUUUUGACAGUGCAACAACAGCGCCAGCUCAUUGAAAAAAUUAAACUCUUCUCCAAAAGAGCAUUUGUUUACUGGGGCUACGUAUACCAGUUACGCUAG